CUAAGAGCUUGCUUCUGUGUUUCCUUCCUUUCAGAAUGUCAGUACUGGGGCUCGGACUUGCAGCUUCCUGAAAUGCCUUUUGACGAGGUCUUGCACAGUGAUGAAAGUGCAUACAAGUGGCUGUGCACCCUAAAGAAAGUAGGAAUUGUGCUACUGACAGGAGCCCUGACUAGGCAGGGAGAGUUGGUUAAACUUGGCCAAAGGAUUGGUUUCCUGCGCCUCACAUUUUAUGGACCAACUUGGCAAGUGCAAGACAAAACAGAUGCUAACAAUGUGGCUUAUACAAGCGGGAAGCUAAGUUUUCACACUGACUACCCUGUUCUGCAGCAUCCACCUGGGGUUCAGUUUCUUCACUGUAUAAAGCAAACAGCUGCAGGAGGUGAGAGUGAAGUGGUAGAUGGAUUUCAUGUAGCCAACAAGCUGAAGAAACAAAAUCCUCAAGCAUUUCAGAUCCUGUCCUCUAUUGCCGUAGACUAUACAGAUGUUGGGGUCGACUACUGUGAUUUUGCUAUGCAAUCCAAACAAAGGAUUAUAGACGUAGAUCACAGAGGUCAAGCAGUUCGCAUCAAUUAUAAUAAUGCAACAAGAGACACGGUGUUUGACAUACCAGCUGAAAAAGUGCGGCCAUUUUAUGCAGCUCUGAAGGAAUUUGAUGAUUUAUUAAACAGCACAGAACACAAGUUUGCUUACAAGAUGAAACCAGGGGACGUAGUAACAUUUGAUAACUGGCGCCUGCUUCAUGGUCGCCGAAGCUACCAGUCGGGAGCCGAAGUGACUCGCCACCUGGAGGGCGCCUACGCAGACUGGGAUGUGGUCAUGUCCAGGCUCCGGCUUCUGCGGAAGAAGGUCCUGGACAGGAACUAAGCUUUCUCCUGACUUGAAUAAGCAAAACCUAGAUUGUCUAUGCUUAAAAAAAGCAAAGAAAAAUAUCCAACAUAUUUUGUUUCCAAAAACCAACAUCAUGAAUAUAUUUUCAAGUUCCAUAAGCUCCCUGUUCAUAACAAUUUAAGAUUUAUCUAUGUCCUGACCUUUGAACCUGUAAAGCCAUUGCUGCCUUGGUUAGUUCAUUUGCUUUUUGAUCUUGUAAGUAGUUUUGCAUGUUGCUAUUAUCAGUUUAUAGGGCUGAUGGGGUAUCAGAACACCUUGAUUUACCAUUACAAGUCUAUCUAUGCUCCCUAGAAAGCUUUUCUGAGAGGCAUUACUUCUUGCAUUAUUUCUUGCAUAAAUAAUAGCCAAACUUAGUUAUCAAAAUGAGCAAUCACUGCUUUGGAGUUAUUUCUGUAUGGUCACCUUGCUAGAUAGAGCCACACUUUAAUAAAAAGUUCUCUUUAUUCAACAGAUGUUUUCUUCUCUAUAUUCCAAUUUACAGGGUAUUACUAUCACAGCAACAAAUAACCUUUACUAUACAUCCGGUCCUAUCAGCUCACAACCAUAGAGCAAUCUGAGAAUACAUCAUAUUAAUUUUCCUCUGCAUUAUGAAUAGAAAUGAAUCUCAGGGUAGAGGCUGCAAAUAGGGCUGGAAAUAACAUAAGACGCUGCACAUAGAUGUAAUUAAGAUCUUCAGGGCAAAUAGACUUCUGAGGGAAUUUGAGAAGAGGAAUGCUGAUUCCAUUUUACAACGAGUAAUUACACAGCACAGAGAGUCAGUUAUUGACUCAGCGUCUGACAGAGAAGCAAGGAUUGAACCUAGAUCCAUAUUUGAUAUACCAAAUACAAGAGCAAACCUUUAAUAAACUUGGUCUGCAGGAUAUUUUCGCCUUUAUACUAUGGACUCUUCUUGAAGUCACAUUCUGUAUAUAGGUCACCCUAUGCAUCAACUACUGCAGCUGAAGCCGUACACAAUAGGUUAGCUACAGGGCUCCAUCACUGUUUUUCCUUAAUGUUGAUUAUGAUCAGAUGCCAAUUUGAAAAAGAAAUAAUUUUAAAAUACAUGUUUUCAAACCCAACAAUAUCUUUUGCAUACAGGGCUAUUUUUUUUAACUCUCCGUAUGGCUGCAGAGUUAGCAGAACACCUUCUCACCCAUGCUGAGAACCCAACAAAAUAACUACACCUCCACCCUCAAACCCUCUCUAUUCAGCUGUUUAUUUUCAAAUUAUUGCUUGGAAGCCAAUUAAGUGUUAGUUUCCUCCUCGUAGGUUAGAACAGUAGAACUGUAACUAUGGAAUUAAAUAACUAUAGAGUUAAAUAUACUGAGAAAAAAAAAGUGAGCACCUAAUGUAAACUUGCAAAUACUCCCAGAAUAUUCUAUUCAUUAUCUACAGUCAACAGAUAUCUCACCUUGAUAAUCAAACAAAACUAAGUAAGGAUUUGGAUGGGAACUAGCAUUGUGUGGUUCAAAUCCAUUUAUCUUUAAUAAACAGUGAAAUGUAUUUGCAUUAAAGUUUUGAUGUGACACUAAGAUACAGCAGAGCAUUUUGGCUUUUAGUGGUUAUUUGAUUUCUCAGUGACUCCUUUAAUAAUUAACUUUGGAAAGAUGAGGAAAAUAUUUUUGCCUUUGCUAUAAAAGGGGGAAAAGAUGGGGAAAGUCUUAUACCUAUAUUCCUAUAAUAUACCAACAGUAUUGUGCUUUAACUGUGAUAUUUUGCAUGUAACUUACUUUAGUGAAGAUUACCAUUCAUAGCUUAGAACAUCUUGGGAUUCAUACAAAUGUUUAGUAGAAAGAGACAUUCUCUGCUUUUAUCCUAUACUUUUCUAAAACCUUUUUUAUUCACAUUGUUUUCUGUUUAUUAAAAGCUAUUAUGGAACUGA